AUUUGGCAUAUGCUUUUUAAUAAUACAGUAAUGAUUAUAUUCUUCGUUAUAUAGUGCUAAAUAAUAUUAAAUAACUGUACGAAAGGUGCUUUAAAAAUAACUUUUCCUUGUCUUAAAAUGAAAGAAGCACGUGGACUGCUGACACGUGCGGUCGCAGAGCAGCCGGCGAUGCCUGAGAUAUGCUUGUGUCUCAAUCCGGUUCCACCACCCCCAAAACAAAUGUGGUCAAAGGUAUCAGCCCCUGCAUACAUCGCCUCUCACCAGUUUCACGGUGUCUUGUUAGACUUGAAACUGACCGACAGACAUGAAGUCUGUGGAGGAGUCUGUCAGCUCCGUCCACUUCAACAGUUUGUCGGACGAUUCAAACGUGGUCAGAUCUUAUGUGAAUAAACUAAGACAAAAGGCCGAAAAAGAAGUGGAGCCACAACAUGAUGUCGAUCUGAGGGACUCGUCCUUAAUUAAGUUUCUAAGAGCCAGAGAUUUUGAUAUCGAUUUGUCGCUUAAGCUGUUCCUGAACUACCACAAAUGGAGAUGCGAGUGUCCAGAGAUUACGGGCAACUUAUGCCCUACUUCAGUCCUGGGCCUGCUCCAGAACCAGUACCACGGUGUGCUGAGCUCCAGGGACACCAGCGGGAGUAGGGUUCUGAUCUACCGGAUUGGUAAGUGGAACCCGAAGGACUUCAGUGCCUAUGAAGUGUUCCGUGUCAGCCUCAUCACGUCCGAGCUGAUCGUCCGUGAGACUGACACGCAGCGGAAUGGGCUGAAGGCCAUCUUCGACCUGCAGGGCUGGUGUUUUGCUCAUGCCCUGCAAAUUAACCCCUCGUUAGCCAAGAAGAUCUCAGCGGUGCUUACGGACUCCUUCCCUCUGAAGGUGCGCGGCAUCCACCUCAUCAACGAGCCCAUUUUCUUCCGGCCAGUCUUCACCAUGCUCAAGCCUUUCCUGCCUGACAAGAUCAAGCAGCGGAUCCACAUGCACGGUGGCUCCUUCGCACGCAGCCUGAGUCAGCACUUCCCUGCGGACAUCCUGCCCCCCGAGUAUGGAGGCAGGGGGCAGGACCUGGACGGGGUGUGCGCCGAGUGGACGCAGUUCAUCCUGAGUUCUGAGGACCAGCUCCGGCAACUUUCCCUGGGCGGUGCUGCCAGAGACGGCGACCAGGCGGGCAGCUUGCUUCAUCUCCCCAGGGAAGGCAGCAGGCCAGUGGGCUUGAGCAACAGUAGCAGGUAGCUUCUCCCCAGACCACACCCCCAGGACAUCCCCACCAAUGAGGGAACACCAGCAGCAGGUAGCUCCUCCCCAGACCACACCCCCAGGACAUCCCCACCAAUGAGGGAACACCA